UGUCCAGUUUUAAACUGUUACUUGAAAGCUCCCAUUGGAAUCUUAAACAUAUCGUAUUGUGGAAAAGGUGUUCAUUCUAUUGAAAUUUCUCAAAAUCUGGGUAUCGCAGCGCUAACUUUUGAAGGUGCUUCGCAGAAAUAUUUUAUUUCUACCCAAUAAACUCAAUAAGAAGUGUUGCGAAGAUUUUAUUUGGAAGCUGUAUUCUAUAUAAGAGAAGAUAGCAACAGCUUGGAAAAUUAUGGCUGAAGGUACAUCAAGUAAUUUAAAUGAUAUUGUUCAUCAAUCCCCUUCAAAUGAAAAUGAAAAUGAAAAUGAAGAUAUAUUCCAAGAUUCAGCUACAAACAAUUAUUAUAUUCCUGAAGGCACUGUGUGCUGGUUUUUCCUUCAAGAUAAUUGUAAAUAUGGUGAUAAAUGCUGGUUCAAGCAUGAUGAACAAGUUAGGAUUAACUUUCAAUCUACUCAGUGUGAUGAAGAUGCGCAACCAAGAAAGUCUAAUGAGAAUCUAGAAUCUUGCUCAUCUGAAAUCGAUAAUAUGCAAAAGAAGUGCAAAUCUAAAAACUGCAACUUCCACUGUAAGAAUCCCUUUCCAAAUGCGGAGCUAGAAGCAAGUUCAUGUGGGAACAUUCCACCAGAUUGGGUAAAUGCACCUGAAUUUAUUCCCAAAACUACAGUUUCAUAUGCAGAUUCUUUGAAAUGCAAUAUGAAUUAUGCGAGUGAAUCUCAAAGGAGGCGAUUUGGAGAACUUUGUACUCAUUUUAUGAUGGGCAAGUGUCCUUUUGUGCAGUGCCCUUUUAUUCACGGAGAUAUUUGUGAAUUGUGCAAUAUAGCUUGUUUAAAUCCGUAUGAUAAAGCACAGCGAGAAACACAUAUUGAAUAUUGUUCAAAAGAAAUAGAAAAGGAUAUGGAGUUAUCAUUUGCUAUUCAACGUAGUAUAAAUAAAACUUGUGGUAUUUGUAUGGAUGUUAUAAUGGAAAAGGAGCCUGUGUCAGAACGCCGCUUUGGAAUACUUGAAAAUUGCUAUCAUAUCUUUUGUGUUAGCUGUAUUCGAAAAUGGAGACAAGUAAAAAAUUUUGAUGGUACACAGUUAGAUAGUGAUAUAAAUCCAAAAGUGACCCGUAGUUGCCCUGAAUGCCGAGUUCCAUCCGAUUUUGUCACUCCAAGUCUUUUUUGGGUUGACACUGAAGAUGAAAAGAGGAAAUUAAUCACAGAUUAUAAAGGAGCAUUGAGUAAAAAACCUUGUAAGUAUUUUAAAAAAGGUGAAGGCACCUGCCCUUUUGGUGGAGCCUGUUUUUACCUUCAUGCCAAACCUGAUGGUACUGUUGUAAAGUUACCACCACCCAGAAGGCGACGAAGACAAAAUCAAGAUGGUGAAAUAGAUAUAAUGGAUGAAAUUUUCUUGUGGAGUUUCAUGGAAGCAAGAGAUGAAGUUUAUGAUGACUUGAAUGAUGAGGUAUAUGUCGUUUCUGAUGAUGUCGUUGAAUCCUCAGAAUAAUGGUUGUGCAAUCCCUGUGAAAUGCAACAAUUUUUACAAAUUCAUAUUUCUGCUUAUUAGUAGAUUCAUUUUUUAGAAAAGAAAUUAAACAAUUCAUUUGUCAUGUUUAGAGUGCUUAUUUUAGUAAGGUACUUAUCUACUUAAAGGCCAUGAAAUUUAAUUAUAUUUAGCAAGAAAUAACUGCAUUUAACAUUUGUUUCAGUGGCCGAAAUUUUGCUUUAUUUUCAAAAUAAGUUUGACAAUUUUUCAGGUAGUCAACAAAAUAUGACAAUUUAGAAAAAAAUGUUGAAAAUCGUUGGAGUUGAGUCUUGCUACACAUGUACAUAAACUUAAAUGUCUAACUUUUAAGAUGCAUAUUCAAAUAACUGUUUACAAUGUGCAUCUAUAUCUAAACCUUUGUUGUGGCAAAUAUGGCUGGAUUGAAACUUUUGAAAUAAUUUAAUUCUUACAUAUGCAUCUUAUCUCCUUCAUCAUGACUUAGUGUAUAUGUGUACAUAAACCCAUCUUUCUCCUAGGCAUGUUCUGGGUGUUUUAGCCAUUGUUGUUUCAUUUAUAUAAUUUUUAUUCAUAUAUGCAUUAAUGGUUAAGUUUCAUAUGGCCAUUUGUUAAGACUGUCGUGCAUUUUACGUAAUGUGAAUUGCUUUAUGUGAAAUGAUGAAAAACAUGCAAUAUAUGUAUUUAAUAUUUAAAUAAUUAUACAAAUGCUAGUCUUACUUCACUACGCAUGUAGAUGUUAUUGUUCAUUUCCAAGAAGCAGGAAUUAUUUGACUGAAGAUUUCUUAUUUAGAUAUUGUUUCAAAUUUUGGCAUAAUUAUAUGGAAGUUAAGCAUUUUAAUUUUUUAAAGCAAAAAUAGACCUGUAGUUAUGUCUUGCCAGUUUAUGUCUUUCAUUAGCACCUCAUUAUAUACAUUGCAUCCAAAUUGAAUCUGCUAGAUUGAUUUUGGGUUAUUAAACGUUAAAAUAUAGAAAAAACAAUUUAUUCUGCUUGCCAUCUUGAAAUUGAUGUAUUAACUUUAAUGAAUGUGUUUUUAUUAGAUUUUCAUUCAUUUGACUGAAAAUUAUUAUUAAUAUUUUAAUGUAAUGUAUCAACUUAUUUUGAGCUUUAAUUUUUUUAAAAAAUCUACUUAUUAUGAAAUAGAUUGCUCAAAUCUGACUUAUAUGUUCUGCAUCUACUAAAUGUCUACUUAAGCACUGUUUCAUCAUUAUUCAAAUGUUAUUAUUUACUAUGACAAAAUAAUUUUAAGUUUUCAAUGCUUUUAGGUGGCAAAUUUGUGAUAUUUUAAAAACUAUUUUUAUCCUUUUUUUGGGAAAGCAGAUCAAGAGUUGAACAUGAAAUUAAAGUUCUGAGUAAAUUAUGUAAAACCUGAAUGAUUAUGUUUGCAUGAAAAGAUUGGGAUUACAUGUUAUUUUUUUUAAUCAUGUAUACCCUAUUGCUGUCAUCUGGUAACCAAUGCUAUGAUUUGAACA